CGAGUGGCGGAAAAACAAGAGUCGUUAUAACACGGGUGUUAUGUUUUGUUUUCACCUGGUGAGUCGUGCCGCUUAUAAUAACAGCAGCGGCGAGCCCUGAACCUAGAUUAGAGGCGCGCCAACCACUCUGCCACCAAACUUAACAAGAUGCAAAGUUUUAUUGAUUCUCUUUUCUUUUAUCGAGUUGUAUACCAUUGACAAACUAGAUUUGCAUAAACUUUAAAAUCUCUUUAUUACAUUUUACAUAAUGUUGGAUACUUGUCUGGAACCAUCUGGUGCACAUAGCUCAAAAGAUGGCCAGCCAAGAAAAGGAAAGACAAAACAAGCCCAAACUGGAGCUGGAAAUAAAGCAGUUUCGAAAAAAGUGAAAAAGAAGUCAUCAGAUUCAAACUUACGACCAAUUAUCAUUGGAUUGGCUGUGGUUACUUUGGUUGGUGGAGCUGCAGGAAUAGCUGUCUUUUUUUUGCAAGAUAGAACCACAGCUUGCGAUGAUGCAGAAGCCAACAAUGAUCCAGUUGCUAUUGGUGAAUGUACACUUCUGAAAUGCAAGUUCGAUAUAAGCACAUGCACACUGCCAUGUCCGUUUGGAUACACCUCGAAAAGUGAUGAUGAUGUAUGUCCACUGAGUUGUACGUGUGCUUCCAAAGGAAAUUUUGAGGGGGAUGUUCAUUUUGUUGGGGAAGAUUUGCCUCAUUUGCUGGAUACAUACGGUUACAUGACAAAGAUGAUGAGAAUUUUCACUGUUUGUUGCCAGUUUUCUUAA